AGAAAAAAAAGUUUACUCUGAAAGUAAGACUAUUAAUAUGUGAGGAAGGCAGUCUGAACUACAAAAUGUAGUGUCCGGCAUCAUUACUGCUACUCUCUCCGUUUUAAAAAUUAGUAGACCUCUCUCAAAAGCCAAGUCUUCCAAAUUACACGGUAAAGGAUCUUCCCCUUUUGAAAUUACAGUAACUUGCAAAGGAGUGUGCACUUUGUAAAAGGAUCGUUGCGCGCACGCACCAUUCAUACAUGGGAAACAAAGCCUUUCACAUAGUUAUGUACCCAUGGUUUGCCUUGGGUCACCUCACUGCCCAUCUUCAUAUCUCCAACAAACUUGCCGAGAGAGGCUACAAAAUCUCUUUCUUCAUACCCAACAAUACACAACCUAAAUUAGAGCAUUUCAAUCUCCAUCCAGACCUCAUCAACUUCAUCUCUGUCAAUGUUCCACACGUGGAUGGCCUCCCUCCCGGCGCUGAAACAACUGCAGAUGUCCCAUAUUCCAUGCAGUCUCUAAUCAUGACAGCCAUGGAUCUCACAAAACCCACCAUUGAAGCUUUUCUUAAAGACCUCAAACCUAAUUUUGUUUUCUUUGAUUUUGCUCAUUGGUUGCCAGCAUUGGCUCGCCCUUUAGGCAUUAAGUGCAUACAUUAUUGCAUCAUAAGCCCUGCAACUAUUGGUUACCUGUUAAGCCCGGCACGAAGACUAAGUGAAAAACAUUUGAAUCCAGCUGAUUUAAUGGAGCCUCCACUUGGUUUUCCACUUUCAUCUAUCAAGCUAAGUGCCCACGAAGCUCGUGAACUAAGCAAUGCAUCUGUAAAGGAGUAUGGUACAGGCGUGUCCUUCUCACAACGUCUUUUAACCUCAUUUACUGAAUGUGAUGCCAUUUGUUUUAAAAGUUGUAAUGAGAUUGAAGGUCCUUACAGUGAUUACCUUGAAAACCAGUUCAAGAAGCCGGUGAUAUUGGCCGGGCCGGUUGUGCCAGAGCAGCCAACUUCAACCCUAGAAGAGCAAUGGGCAAAGUGGCUGGACAAUUUCAAAGCUAAAACUGUCAUUUUCUGUGCAUUUGGAAGUGAGUGUGUGCUUAAAAGCGAUCAGUUUCAAGAACUGGUUUUGGGUUUGGAGUUGACAGGUAUGCCCUUUUUUGCUGCCCUGAAACCCCCUGUCGGGGCUCAAACGAUUGAAUUGGCUUUGCCCGAAGGGUUUCAGAGGCGGACUGAAGAGAGAGGAGUGGUUCAUGGAGGUUGGGUUCAGCAACAGUUGAUAUUGGGACACCCUUCAGUGGGGUGCUUUGUGACCCACUGUGGUUCGGGUUCGUUGUCGGAAGCUAUGGUGAAUGAUUGCCAAUUAGUGCUAAUGCCACAUGUGGGUGAUCAAAUUAUCAAUGCAAGAUUGAUGGGUGGGGAUUUGAAAGUUGGAGUGGAGGUUGAGAAGGGUGAAGAGGAUGGUAAUUUUACUAGGGAGGGUGUGUGCAAGGCAAUAAGGUUGGUAAUGGAGGUUGAUGGUGAAGUGGGGAAGGAGGUAAUGGUUAAUCAUGCUAAAUGGAAGGAGUUCUUGUUAAGCAAGGGGCUUGAGAGCUCUUAUAUGGAUAGUUUUAUUCAGAAAUUGCAUGGUCUUUUGGAAUAUUAAUAAUUCAAUUUGAUACUUCGACUUUCGGAGGGCGGGCGUUGAUGCAACCGUUGCGAAGGUAAAACUACUUAAAUCUAAUCCUCCUUAUACUCGCAACAAUAAAAGUGUGUUGUAUUGUAUACUUUCUUGUAUUAUAGAAGUUUUAUAUGCAGUCAAGUAACUUCUUUCCUUA